AAAGCAGGAAGCGCAGCAUUUGUGGUGCGGACAAUCGGAAAUUCACCAACUGGAAUGUUUUGAAAUAUCUUACUUGACGUCAUAGACCUCAGUUUGUCAAGAAGUCUCUUUAUUUUAGUAAUUCCCCCGCGAGGAACAAUAUCUUGCAGGGUUGUCGAGGUGAGCUGCAGCUUAUGUGGAGAUGGAGGAACGAGCUCGCAGUUGUCUGCUGCACUUUAGAGCCACUCUGGAGCAAGACAUCAAAGCCUCCUUCCUGAUGGACCACAUGAUCAGCGAUGGAGUCUUGACCAAUGACGAGGAAGAGAGAGUGCUAAGCAAGGCCACUAAAAGGGAGCAAGCUGCUGCCCUACUGGAGUUGCUGUUGAGGAAAGACAACAGGGCUUACAUCUCCUUCUACAAUGCUCUGAUCAGAGAGAGUUAUGGAGAUCUAGCCAGCCUCCUUCAAAAUGACCUGCCUCUGCUCAGCCCUGAAGGAGAGCGAAGCUUUGCAGAUGGAGUGUCUCCCUCUGUCCAGUUGAUACUGAGUGAAGGUGGUGUUCCUCAGAGACCCGUUGUGUUUGUGAGCCGACCCGCUCUUCUCAACAUGAUCCGGGAGAAGCUCUACCAUCUGCAGGACACAACAGGCUGGGUCACUGUGUUUGGCAUGGCGGGCUCAGGGAAGUCUGUGAUGGCUGCAGAAGCUGUUCGAGACCAUGCUCUCAUUAAGGAGUGUUUUCCGGAUGGUGUUCACUGGCUCUCUGUUGGGCAGUGUGAGCGGGCAGACCUGCUGGUGAGGAUGCAGUCUCUGUGUUUCCGCUUGGAACAGGGUCAAAGUUCGGACGCCAGCCAGCGGCCACCCUGCUCUGUGGAAGAGGCCAAAGAACGCCUACGUUUUCUAAUGCUCCGCAGGUUUCCCAGGUCCCUGCUGAUUUUGGAUGAUAUUUGGGACAGCUCUACUCUCAGGUCAUUUGAUAUCCAGUGCCGAGUCCUCUUGACCACACGGAAUAGAGGUCUGACUGAAUCAGUUAGUGGUCAAAGGUUUGAAGUGCCAGUUGAUAAUGGUCUAGAUGAGGAGAAAGCCCUGGAAGUUCUUGCUUUGUAUGUGAAUGAGAAACCACAGAAACUUCCAGAACAGGCCCGCAGUAUUGUCAGCGAAUGCAAAGGCUCUCCUCUGGUGGUGUCUCUGAUCGGAGCUCUGUUGAGGGAGUUUCCAGACCGCUGGGGCUACUAUCUGCGGCAGCUGAAGAUGAAGCAGUUCAAGCGGAUCCGUAAGUCUUCAUCCUAUGACUAUGAUGCUCUGGAUCAGGCCAUGGACGCCAGCCUGCAGGUCCUGGAAGUUGAACACCGAGAUCUGUACAGAGACCUGAGCGUCAUGCAGAAAGACAUCAAAGUGCCUGCUAAGGUUCUGUCUGUGCUGUGGGGUCUUGAGUUGGAGGAGGUGGAGGACGUCCUACAGGAGUUUGUGAAUAAAUCUCUGCUAUUUCGGGACUGUAACCAGCGGCCGUACCUCUAUUACCUUCACGACCUGCAACUGGACUUUCUCACUGAACAGAACCGCAAUGAGUUGACCGAACUGCAUAAAAAGAUGGUCCGUCAAUACCAGCAGUUCUAUAAAAAAGGCAAACCCAGCUCUGGAGAUAAAGAGUGUUUGUACUGGUAUCACUUUCUUCCAUAUCACAUGGCUAAAGCAGGCCUCUCUAAGGAGCUUUUUUCACUUAUGUUUUCCUUGGACUGGGUCAGAGACAAAGCUCAGAUUAUGGGAUCUGCUCAUCUCAUCAAUGACUUUGUGGAAUAUGGUGAAAUAUUAGACAAAGAGAAUAGUGAGGUGAGACUGCAAUUUCAGGAGUUCCUCUCUCUGAAUGGGCAUCAUCUGGAACAGAGGCCGUUUCCUGACGUGGUGCAGCUGGCUCUGUCUCAGCCCACCUGCUCUGAAGUUUACAGGCAGGCCUUGAUGCAGGCACAGGACAGAGCCACUAGGGGGCAGCUCUAUCUUGACUGGGUGAACAAUAACAGUAAGGAUAGUUUGUCUCGGCUGGUCAUUCAUCCUCACCAGGGGUCCCUAUAUUAUGCCUGUUUCUCCAGAGAUGGGAGCAAAAUCGCCUCCUGUGGGGCCAGCAAGACUCUGCGGGUUUUUAAGACAACCUCUGGAGAGAAGCUUCUUGAACUACAAGCUCAUGAUGAUGAUGUUCUCUGCUGUGCCUUCUCCCCUGACAACCGUUACAUAGCAACCUGCUCUAGUGAUAGGAAAGUUAAGUUGUGGAAUAUUGAGCAAGGUUCUCUGGUCAGAGAGUUUGCCGAGGAACAUGACGAACAGAUAAACCACUGCCAGUUCACCAACACGGGUCAACGUGUCCUGUUGGCCACCUGCUCUAAUGACAAAUUCAACAAUACCAAGCUAUGGAACCCAAACAAAACGACCUCUCAGAACACUAUGUUCGGACACAUGGAGCCUGUCAAUCACUGCUGCUUUUCUCCCAACGAUGCCUACCUCGCCACUUCAUCUAGUGACGGCACCUUAAAGCUGUUUGAGGUGUCUUCUGCCAAUGAGUGGAAAUCAAUCGAUGUCAAUAGUUUUUUCCCGGAAAGCGACGAUGAAAUAAAUGUCAUUGUGAAAUGCAGCACCUGGUCGUCUGACAGCUCGCGGGUCAUUUGUGCUGCCAGGAACGCUGUGUUUGUGUUUGAUGUAGCUACAUCAACAAUGCUUUUGGAGAUGAGAACCAGUCGCCUGAGUACAGUGCAGUACUGCCACGCGUGUCCCAACUCCAAUCUGCUGGCCGUCGCUCUCUCCCAUUACACUGUAGAGUUGUGGAAUUUUGAGACCAGUAAGAAGAAAGCCGAAUGCAACGGUCACCUGAGCUGGGUUCACUGUGUACAGUUCUCUCCUGAUGGUUCACUUCUCCUGUCUUCCUCUGAUGAUCAGACCAUUAGGAUGUGGGAGACGGACAGUGUUCACACUUCCUCUGCUGUGGCUCUGAAGAGGGACUCUGAUGUUCUGUUCUCCCAGAAUGAUGUUACAAUAGUGGCAGCUGACAGCAGAAACCGAUUACAGGUACGGACUGGAUCUGCAGGUGCUAUUUUGUUUGAGAGUGAGGAAUUUCCAUCUAGGAUCCGCUGUACGUGCAUCUGCAAACAUGCUCCUCUUGUGGCCCUAGGGGCUGAGAAUGGAAUCGCACAGGUGAUUGAGGUUCCAUCUGGAAACUCUCUAGCAGAGCUUUCGGGUCACACUAGAACAGUUCACCACUGUCAGUUCACUGAUGACGGUCAGACCCUCAUCACAUCCUCAGAGGAUACCACUAUUCGGGUAUGGAAAUGGAGGACAGGUGAGUAUUUGGUGCUGGAGGGUCAUAAGGAACCAGUCAGAAAAUUCCACCUGUUGAACUCCUCUUCCUCGCCUCAUCUGCUCUCAUGGUCGUUUGACGGCACUGUUAAGGUUUGGGAUCUAAGCAGUGGACAGAGGCUGCAGGACCUGGAGUGUCAUAAGGGAGCUGUUCUGUCAUGUGACGCAUCUUCUGAUGGACGGCUCUUUGCCACCUCCUCAGCCGAUAGGACUUCCAAGGUGUGGAGCACUGCCUCACGGGAAAUGCUGUUUUUGCUGAAGGGACACAAAGACUGCGUCCGUAGCUGCUGUUUUUCUUGGGACAACAAACGGCUUGCAACGGGCGAUGACAACGGAGAAAUAAGGCUGUGGAGUAUGUUGGAUGGUGCUCUCCUGAAGAUUUGUUCCCGGGACACUAAAGACUCCAUGGAUUCUUUCCACGGCGGCUGGGUGACCGAUCUGCAUUUCUCCCCGGAUAACAGAGUACUCGUUUCUACGGGAGGUUACAUCAAGUGGUGGAGCGUGGAGACGGGAGAGGCCCUGCAGACUUUCUACACAAUGGGAGCCAAUCUGAAGAAGAUCCACGUGUCACCUGAUUUCACCACGUUUAUAACCAUCGACAGCAUUGGAAUCCUUUACGUUUUACAGAAAGUGGAGGGAGGAGGGAUCUAGAUCUUUUUUGUUUUAACUGUGCUAUAUGCACAAUCCUGGGAACAUUUUUUAAAAUAGUUUUAAUGCAAGUUUAAUAUUCAUGCACAUGAUGAACAAAGUAUUCUGUCGCAUUCAUUCGUAACAUUUGGAUAUGAGCUUUUGAAAAUGACCUGCCUUAUCGGUGUCUUGUAAUGUUGCCUUGAAGAAUCUUUUCUUUUCUAGGACAAUCUCUAUCACAAUUGAAUGCAAGUACUGCAUGACCCACAUUAACAAAACCCGUUCUGGCAUAUUAAGAUCCUUUUAUUUUUCAAGAGAUUAUAAGAAGCACUUUGUUGGUUUUCCUCUGAGCCAUCCAUUCCAACUGAUGCCUUUUAUAGCUCUAAAAAUAUAUCUGAAAGAAGCACAUCUUUGGGGAUGUGCUUUAAUUUUUUUUAUACAAAGCUCAGGUUUGAUCAGGGAUGCUUCAUGCAUGGGCAUUAUAAAGGCUCGCCAAUUAUAUUUGGCCUUUUGAGAGACACUGUGCGCUAACCUUAUGUCAACAAAACUUUUUAUUGAAUUUAUCUAAACCGGUGCACUAAAAACAGUCUGGAGUGCCUAUUAUAGCACAGUAGGUGGGAAGGGAAGUUUCUUGGUGAGACUUGUGAAAAAACAAUAAUAGAGAAAUCACACAUCAGCACUUUCUAAAUACAUUUUAUCUUUAUGGUACUUAUUUGAUUAAUAAUGACAAAAUUAUCCUUUUUUCAUUCAUCACUCUCAUGUCAUUCCUGUCCUGUAUGACUUUCUUCUCUUAAAAACAAAAGGAGAUGUUGGGCAGAAUGUUAGUCUCAGUCACCAUUAAUUUCCAUGGUAUAAAAAAACAUAGUCGUGUCAACAUUCUUCCAAAUAUCUCUUUGUGUCCCGAGUCCCACAGUGUAUGUCACUUAUGAUUAGAAUGUCAUGAGGGUGAAUAAAUGAGGUAAAUUAAUUUACGGCUGAAUAAUCCCAUUAAUAAUGUGUGACCAAUCAGCCUUAGGGCUCAUUAAAGUUAUAUACCAAAUAGAAGUGCUCUAACAGGAUGUACAAUCCAGAGCUUUGUCUCAAUGGAGAGCAACAGUCCAAUGGAUUGCCAAAGGGUAAAUCUGCAUAUUUCUAUUUGACAUUUAAGUAAUAAUGUUCUAAUGUGAAUACAAAAUACGACGGCAAGCUCUUUUAAAAGCAUCCAGAGUCAUUUAUUGUUUUGAAGUGUUCCCUUCCAUGUACUUUUUUUCAUUGUCUAAAUGUAAUUUAUAAUAUCCUUUGUCAAUGUGAUUGUUAAUGUUGAUAAUGUGUAUUAUCAGCACAUUAUUUUCACUGGUUUCUUAUGGCAUUAAAUUAGAUGUACCUGGAAUUUUGGAUUCAAAGUAAACAUCUUGCAAAAUCUCUGUUUAUAAAUGUUAGUAAUGUUCAGUUGCAAAGCACAAAGCUAAAGGAACAAUUAUAAAUGUGAGAGAGAUGUGGAGAGAGAUUGAGAAAGGGGGCACAGGGCACUCUAAUGGCUGGCUUUGCUGACACAGCAGUGGUCAUGCUCCGUCUGUUUCUGACACUUCCUGUUGGCAGCUGGCUGAUCUGAGCAGACGGCACACUAUCACGACCAAAUGACAUUCUCAAACUGAGCUCUGCACAACUCUACACUGUAGCUUACAACAAAGAUUGAGCAAAGCAUACAAAAUCCCAGAGGUGUAUGCAUUUGUUACAUUUCUUAUUUUUCUGGGAGAACUCUCCUAAUCCUAUGAUGUUAUGGUCUUUCAUCUCUCUUUUUUUUUCUCAGUGUGGGCUGUGUGGGAGAAGGCAGUCGCAAAAAUAGACAAUAAAAGCAAUACCACAAAUACAGUUCAUUGCAUAAGGUACAGUUUCAUCAGUAUUUCCAUGACAUCAAGUAAAGUUUAAUAAUGAAGCAGUGUGAUAGACGCAAUAUUGCGUCAUAGGAAUUCAAGAGUUUGAGGAGGAAAGCUUACUUGGGAUAUGAUUAUUUAUUGCCCUAGGCAAUAAUUGAUGGCAAUGAAUUAAAUGUGUGAUUGAUUGAUUGGUUGACUGUUAGAAUUGUCUUGCUUAGAGCAAGAUUUGAACAUGCAAUCUUACGGUCAUAAGAACACACAGCAGCUGUGCUGCCCACUACAUAGAAGCCCUUCAUCAUUUUUCACACAAAAUUCCUUUCACAAAAUUUCUAUAGUUUUUACAGCAUGCUUGUCAAGAGUUAAUUAAAGAUGCAAGUUCAAAUCUUGAAGUGUGUCCAGAACACACUUAAAAGGUACUUUUUGUUCCAUAACCACUGCUGGCCAUUGCUCCAGCAGGCAGAGGGGGACCAACCAACAGUCCCCCACCCCCUUUCUCCAGGUGCACCCUUCACGUCAGUCACACCAUUCAUCACAGCACUUUAAUCCUGGAGAUCCAGCUGGGAUUUGAGGCAGCACUCAUACCAGUGAGCCACAGAUCUCUUGCCAUUGAUUGUGAAAGAACUUCUAUUUCACUAUUAAUUCAAGAAGCCUAAUAAAAGAGUAUAACAUCACAGGAUUAGGAAGGAGAGAACAUAAUGGAGGAUGCUGGGUUUGAACACUGUGUAGCAGUGUUCAUACCAGAUACUUCACUACUGAAUGUGAGCCUGAAGAUGCGCCACGUGCAAUCCAUACUACCUGGUUGCUUAGAUAUGUUCAGAGUGGUGUGGUUUGGUCUUGUGGAUAAGGCUAUGGCCUGAGAACCCAAAAUGGGGGAGUUUAAGCCUUGCAAGAGCUGAUGCGGUGAGUUAUUCCUUAAAAUUGUAGUUGAACUUGUUUCUAUAUUGCUUUUACAUGCAGACUUUAAGAAAACUUAUCUUGAUUUUAAGAUUGGGAACUUCAAUGCCAAAUUAUCAAUAGUAUCAGCAUUUCAUCUUCUUUCCUCUCCUUGGUAACAUACAUUUACAGAUAUGUCUUCACAAUAGAUCUCCAUGGCUGUGAUAAAUCAAAUAAUUAAGGUGCCAUCAAACAGUUUCAUAUAGAGUUGGAAUCUUACUGUGACAUCAUGUUUAUUGGUUUCCAGUAGCUCAUUCAUGACCUCUUUAUGAUAUUAAAAUCUGGAUUGAGGUAGGAGAAUCUGGUCACAGAUUAGUUUUGUGUAAUCCUGCUGAAGUUCCUGAAGCCCCUUUACAGCAUGCAGUGAUCAAUUGUGGUCUGGACUAAUCUUGACUUAUUGUGCUAAACAUACGGUAUUUCCCAUAGGCCUUUGACAGGGCUGAGCUUGAAUUAUAUACCUGCAGUGUGAACAAAAUUUUGAUGUAACGUGGGGGUUGCAUAUUUCUCUCGUCUUCUCUUCCUCCUCAAUUUGCCUUUCAUUACAUUCUCAGAUCGUAUUUUCUGGUGAAAUGUCGGUGGAGGCUGAGAGAAGACGCAUGCAACCUGAAGCUAUUUCUCAAACUGUUACAUAACCCAUUGCAGUAUCCUUCAGUCAAAACCACCUACUGUCAAAUUCUGCUUUGUUGAAUCAUGUUUUUAGCCUUUUGCGGAUGUAACGGAAAUUGUAACGGAAACUGAUGGUUUGAAUCAGUAUGUGAUGUUCUUUUCUAUUUCCAGCACGUAUUGAUUACUGAGGCAGUGAGAUCAUUAACUGUAUGUUUCUAUACUAUGCAUGUCCUAUAAACUGGUUGCAUGGAUUUGUAAGCACGUUAAGGAUGUACAGUAUUUGCGGAAGACUUUGUGAAUGGUUUAACAGAA